AUGUUUGUCGGUCACACCUUUGAAAGAACUCUUCAAAGGGUUGUUCACAGCCGGCUUUCUCCUCAGUUCUCUGGAAAUGGAGUCCAACUAUUUCUUUCCCCUGAUGAGGCAGGUUCUAUGAUUAAAAAUCGAGAUGGUGAAAACCUAAGGCAAACCCAUAUAGUUACUAAGUCUCUUCGUCUUUCGUGUCCUAUUGUCAAGCAAGAAAGACUGACUCGUUUAAACAAUCUUUGAGACCCUUUUUACAUUAACAGUGUCCGGAAAUUGAAAAACAUGUCCUUCAUCUCUAUUCAGUCACUGGGGAUAUUCGAGUCCACGUCUGGGAUGAAAUAAUGGCUACUUACGUCAAUGACGCGUCGUAAAUUUUCCCCCAUAAUAAAGAAUUAUUCAGUGUCAAUGAAACUCAAGCACUGAUUAAAAAAUUAUUCUCAAGAGGAAAAAAUGGAAGGGGAUGAUAAAAGAAUAAAGAUAACUACGACAAGAUGAAUAAAGAUGAAUAAAGAGUCGAAUAAUUAAAAGAAACCCCAAGCGUUGAUAUUUACAUUUAUAUUUUUUCCAGGAAUCGAAUGGUAACAAAAAGAAUAAUAAUAGUAACAUUUUCAACAGGAUGACCAUUUCAGUUAUAAAAACUGCUAUCAACACGGGUUCUGUAAAGACUGCGUUGGCCGGGAAGGGGAUAUGGCUGCCUGAUGUCUGAGAAAUGUUUAGCAGAACUUAAGUAGAAAAAACGAAGAGAAAUCUCUGCUCGGUAAAAGGAGAAGUAACCCCGCUAGAUUCUUAAGGUAACAAUAUACCUGCUUAGGUAAAAAAAACCUAUUCUAAUGCAUAUCUAUCUUCUGACGUAAGAGAAAUAAAUGGAAUAAACAGAGCAAUAUGCUGCUAACCAAAACAACGGAUAUUCAUUAAUCAUGCAAUAAAAUAAAACAAAGGUAAAGUUAAGAAAGAACAAGCGGUCCUUGAAUGUAUACAGUUUAACAGCUAUAUUCUUUAUUCAUAAUAGUUACUCAAGUCAAAAAAUGAUCAAUGAUUAUAACCAACUAUCCAAUGGGUCAUUGGUAUCUUACCGUAUACUGCAUAGCCUGCAGUGCAGGCGUUUUCUUUGAGCGCGCAAUUUGCUCGCGAAAGCGCCAUGUUGAAACUUCCCGAAGAGAGGAGGAGAUGGGGCAAGUCAAAGGGAGUGGGGAGGGGGCGGGGAGAGAGAAGCGUAUUUUUCUCUCUCCUCCCCUCCCCCCUUUCCUUCUUUCGCCCUCGCACCUACCGUAAGGGUUACUAUUUCUACUCUCCCCAAUCUUCCACUGUCAUAAAAUCAAAGGAUGGCGGCUACAGCAAUAUUAUGAACACGAACAAGGUUUACGCCUGCACUGCAGGCUAUUAUUGCAUACAUUAGCAGCUUUUUAUGCCAUAGACCACACACAAUGAAGAGAAGAAAUAUAUUGCAGCCAUGAAAGAGUUACAUUUGACGCAUCCUCGGAGACCCAGGGGCAGACAGUUGGGCCGGGAGAAAAGGCGCGACAAAAGUUUUCAAGCACUGUGCUUGAAAACUUUUGUCGCGCCUUUUCUCCCUGCCCGACUGACCGCCCCUGGUCUCCGAGGAUGCAUUUGACGGUACAUUUUACCAGGUUCCGCAUUGGGGGAAAAAGGAGAAAACAAUUGGCGUGGGCGAAAACAAAAAUCAGAGAGGUACUCAGGAGAGGGGAAAGGGUGCUGCCAUUUCCCCCCUCCCCAGGACCCCGUUUUUUUCCUUUUUCUCCCACUGCGGAGCCUGGACCCAGGCUUAUUUUACCUGAAAUGACUGACUACCUCGGACUUCUAAAAGAGAAAUCUUCGACAAGGUCUUGUUCAACCGUGUUACGUUAAGAACGUAGCUGAAGAUAUAGAAGAUAAACUGAUUUUUCCAGAGACGAUCUUCAGGAUCUUUGCCUCACUCUGCUCCCCUCAGUUUCUCCUUGGUACAGUCGAACCCUGCUUAACGGAUUCCCUCUUAAUACGGACACCUCGUUAUUACGGAUAAUUUGCUUUGCCCCUGGGAAAAGCCCUUACAUUUUCUCAAAAUAAAACCCGGACGGACAUCUGUUAAUGCGGACAACGACCCCCCUUUUCGCCCUACCAACAAAUUCUCAUAGGAAGUCAACCUUGUUAAUGCGGUCACUUUGUUAUCAACCGUGUGUUCUAACGAGGCGACCUUUCCUUUCUGCAGGUAAAAAAGGCCUCCAGUUGACAGCGUGUCGAUGUUCCCGGUGCUACAGAAUACCAGAUUAG